AUGAAUCGGCCCGCCAGUUGGGAUGAGCCCCAAGGACCCUGCAGGUACUGUGAAAUGGCUGUGGAGGAUGACAACUACCUGGAGUGCCAGGAGUGCCGCCGAAUGGUGCACAUCAAGUGCCUGCCACAUGCGAGCACGCCUGGAGAUCUUUUGGGCGACAUUUUCUUCGAGUUCACGUGCGUCAAGUGCGUGUUGGACAAAGUGCAGGAUUCAGCCGUGCCCUCCUCGCUGGAACCCAUUAAGGAGGUGAUAGUGCGCCAAAGGAUUCCCUGGCUACUGGUGCUCACCCUAACGCUGUACAAUCUGUCCAUCAAACAGAAGGGUUUGGGCCAUCACGGAUUCUUCCACUGGCGCACCCACAUCAUCAGCUUUGUGGACAAGAACUGGAACUACAUAUUCGGAUCCAAUGUUCGUCGCCGCAAGCAAUGGACUGGUUCCGUGUCCGGAGCUCUAUCCCACAACAGUCCGGAGUACUUUCAGUCGGGUUUGGAUGUCUUUCAAGAGCACGGCUGGUGGAAACUGGCCAAACCCUUCCUGACUCCAAGAAGCGUCCUACGAGAAUAUGAGAAAAAGCAACUGCUGCGAUUGCAACUGCGCAAUGAAAAACGUUUGCCCGCCACGGAUGAGACCAGCUGCAGCAGCGAGAUUUCAGUUACCGAUCAUACCAAGGAUAAAACCCAGCCUAUAAAGGUGGAAGCUGAUGAAACCAAUUCAGCAGAGGGCUGUGCCCGCACCAUUCCCUACAUGGGUUGCCCGCCGAAGGUAAAGCCACCACCCGUGCCACAGGAGGCUAUUCCAACGUCACCAGUUCCUCAAGAAAAUACAAUUCCACCUAUUCAGGAGCCAGAGGAGGAACCACAGCAUCAGCCUUUGAACAUGGUUCAAGCCAGUCUGAUGGAUUUCCUGGCUGAGAGUCUGGGAGGCGAUGAUCUUAGCAUGUUUGGUAGCCUACCAGGCAUAAUGCCACCUCCACUGAUUGGAGUGGGUAAGAGCGAUUUCUUUAUGAACGAACCGUUGCUGCAGGCGCCUUCGAAUAGUGAAGGUCUGUACGAUAUGGAUACAAGUAUUGGCAUACCAAGCACCACUAAAGAAGUCAAGGGAACCAAACACAUCAAAGAAGAGUUUACAGAUGAUACCAAAACCAAUUCAACCGAGGAGGCUACCACUGAAAGCAGUGAAGAGCAAAAAGAAGGCGAGGGAGAGAAUGAUCAGAUGGAUGAAGAAAUAUCCUCAGACUUUCAGCCACGGAUAGUGCAGGUUACCAAUUACCAGGCGCAAGAGGCAAGUGAAACCGUUAAAGAAGAGCCACUGGAUGAGGAAAUGCUAGACGAGGAUGAGGCGAUACAAGAAACAUCCCCUCUCAUUGAGCCUUGCAAACCAAGUGGAUUUGUAAGACAGCCCCGAAGAAAUUGGCCUUGGUUGCAGGAGGCUCAGGAAUCCGAUGACCUUGCCAUUCCCAGCGAAAACCUUCAAUUGAUCAGUGUGUACGAGGAGCAGAAGUUGUAUCAGCGACUUCAUAGAAUUGUUUCUCUGGAGCAGGAAUGCCAAAUAUCCAUACCCGCCUAUGUGCGGCGUUUAUAUCGUAAACUGUCUCUUCGGAAAUGGAAAAGGGACCAUAAUCGCCCCAUAUUUAACCUGGAUGAGCACAUAGAUCCCUUGGGCAGAGCACGCUUAAAGAUGCAGGGUCAUCAGCAGGCUCAAAUACUGGAUAGAUAUCAACUUUUGGCCCAUUCGCGGCAGGAUGCAAGAAGUUCCUUCCACGCCCGUCUGGCGGGAUGUACUCAGUACGAGCUUUUUGAGUCGCCCUACUCUCAGAGAGUUCUCCAUCCCUUUAUCUUCCGGAGCGAAACGAUGGCUCCUCCAUGGCUAAAACUCAUGUGCGAGAUGCAGCAUCGCGUGAACGGAUCUCAUCCCACGAGAUCCACUAUCGACUUUUGCUUUGUGAGACCGCAGCACAUUCCAGCAGUGAACGCAUUGCUACAGAACUCCUUUUGGCCAAAUAUUGAUGUGAGUGAGUGUCUCAGCUAUCCGGACUACAGUGUAGUGGCCCUGUACAAAAAACUAGUCAUCGGCUGUGGAUUCCUGGUGCCCGAUGUAGGUUAUAAUGAAGCCUAUAUCUCCUUCAUGGCAGUGCGUCCUAGUUGGCAACGCAGUGGCAUCGCCAGCUUUAUGCUGUACCAUCUCAUCCAGACGUGUAUGUCCAAGGACAUAACGUUGCAUGUCUCUGCCACCAACUCCGCCGUAAUGUUGUACCAGAAGUUCGGCUUUAAGAUGGAGGAAAUCAUCCUUGACUUCUAUGACAAGUACUUGCCUCUGGACUCCAAGCAGAGCAGAAAUGCCUUCUUCUUGAGAUUACAGAGAUGAGAUCAGUUCAAAUACACAAAUGGUACUGAAUUUAUAAUUCAAAGUAUCAAAC